GGCCUUUUUUGUUGGGUACCCAAACCAUUCCACUGCCCCAACGCUCAGACCUACCCAUUCUGGUGCAAAGAAGUCACCUGUAGGGGGAAGGGUCACGUUCUCACAGCCUGGGAGUCUUCCCUGUGCUCAGUCUGGCCGUUGGGAAUGAGUCAUGUCUGUGCUUCUCCAGAGGGGUCAGGCUCUAGGGAGUUUAGGAGGAUGUGUCUGGAGCUUUUGAGCAGGCAGUGAAGGCCCCUUAGGAGUCUAACCACCAGUUCAUCCCACCUCUCAGUGGGUGUAGGAAGCUCUCCAGUAAUCUGGGCUCCCCUGCUCCGUGGAAGAGGUGAAUGUGGGGCAGCCCCUGGUGGGGUUGCCAUAAAAUGCGGCAGGGGACAGAGAUUACAAUCUCUUCUUCCCUUCUGCCCCAAUAAUCCCUACCACCCUGACGGAGUUCAGGGUCAGGGAUCUGGGCCCCUGAGGGCAGCAGGCUGUGGGUGUUCCUUGGAUUUGGGAUAACUUUGCUUCCUGCGAUGUCCUAAUUGUAUGUGUGGGUGGAGGAGGGCAGGCAGGCAGAAUGUGGGCACAGUCUGGACAGGUGGUGGCCUGGCGUUAUGCUGGACUAGGAGUAGCGUCUAGCGCUCCCCUCCUGUGCCUGAGGAGAGCUGUUCUCACUGCUUUCCUGACUUCUACCCCAAGAAACUGAGGUCAGGAAGUCAGAACAUGUGCCCCCGUGAUAUGAUUUGAGCCCAGAAGAGGAUAAUAAGAAUGAAGGGCUCUAGGCAUUUCUUUCUGUGAGAUCUUUACCAACCCAGGUGUUGUAGAGGCAAGAACACUGGCCUGGGAGUUCAGAAGACCUGUGCCCUAGUCUUGGUUUUGCUGCUGGUCUACUGUGUCUCAUCAGCAGAGGAAGAACCCAUGCUGGAACGCCGCUGCAGGGGCACCCUGGCCACGGGCCCUGCCCGGCCCAGGCUCUCUGGGCCCUCCCAGCAGUCCGCUCCAACCCCGGAGAAGGAGUCCGGCGGGCUGAGGUCACAGGGCACCUCUGUGGCCCACUCGGGUAGCCAGUCCCCCAGUAGGGCCCAUCGCUGUGCCUACUGUCGAAGGCACUUCCCAGGCUGGGUGGCCCUGUGGCUUCAUGUCCGACACUGCCAGGCCCGGCUGCCCCUGGCCUGUCCUGAAUGUGGCCAUCGCUUCCGACAUGCCCCUUUCCUGGCACUGCACUGCCAGGUCCAUGCUGCUGCCACCCCAGACCUGGGCUUUGCCUGCCACCUCUGUGGGCAGAGUUUCCGAGGCUGGGUGGCCCUGGUUCUGCAUUUGCGGGCCCACUCAGCUGCAAAGCGGCCCGUGGCCUGUCCUGAAUGUGAGAGACGCUUCUGGCGCCGAAAGCAGCUUCGGGCUCAUCUGCGGCGGUGCCACCCCCCUGCUCCUGAGGCCCGGCCCUUUAUAUGUGGCAACUGUGGCCGCAGCUUUUCCCAGUGGGACCAACUAGUUGCUCACAAGCGGGUUCACGUAGCUGAAGCUCUGGAGGCGGCGGCAGCCAAAGCCCUUGGGCCUCGGCCCAGGGGCCGGCCCGCAGUGACGGCCCCGCGGCCUGGUGGAGACGCUGUAGACCGCCCCUUCCAGUGUGCCUGCUGUGGCAAGCGUUUCCGGCACAAGCCCAAUUUGAUCGCCCACCGCCGUGUGCAUACGGGCGAGCGGCCCCACCAGUGCCCCGAGUGUGGGAAGCGCUUCACUAAUAAGCCCUACCUGACCUCACACCGGCGCAUCCACACCGGCGAGAAGCCCUACCCGUGCACGGAGUGUGGACGCCGCUUCCGCCACAAACCCAACCUUCUGUCUCACAGCAAGAUCCACAAGCGAUCGGAAGGGUCUGUGCAGGGCACCCCCGGCUCGGGGAGCCCCCAGCUUCCUGCAGGCCCCCAGGAGCCCUCAUCUGCACGCACCCCGCAGGCCCCACUGAAAUCUGCCCAGGAGCCGGCCCCGGCGCCGCUGCUGGAGCCCCCAGGAGAGCCGGCACAGGACCAGGCGGGAGCGCCCCCCUCCCUCUACAGCUGUGAAGACUGUGGCCGCAGCUUCCGCCUGGAGCGCUUCCUGCGGGCCCACCAGCGGCAGCACACGGGCGAGCGGCCCUUCACCUGCGCGGAGUGUGGGAAGAACUUCGGCAAGAAGACCCACCUGGUGGCCCACUCCCGCGUCCACUCGGGCGAGCGGCCCUUCGCCUGCGAGGAGUGCGGGCGCCGCUUCUCCCAGGGCAGCCACCUUGCAGCCCACCGGCGCGACCACGCCCCUGAGCGGCCCUUCGUCUGCCCGGACUGCGGCAAGGCUUUCCGCCACAAGCCCUACCUGGCAGCCCACCGGCGCAUCCACACCGGCGAGAAGCCCUACGUCUGCCCGGACUGCGGCAAAGCCUUCAGCCAGAAGUCCAACCUGGUGUCCCAUCGGCGCAUCCACACGGGAGAGCGCCCCUACGCCUGCCCUGACUGCGACCGCAGCUUCAGCCAGAAGUCCAAUCUCAUCACCCACCGCAAGAGCCACAUCCGUGACGGUGCAUUUUGCUGCGCCAUCUGUGGCCAGACCUUUGACGACGAGGAGAAGCUCCUGGCCCAUCAGAAGAAGCAUGACGUCUGAGAGGGCAGGGGCUGCGGAGGCCGGGGGGCAGAGGGAGAGUGGCCGGUGGCAUUCUCCCGGCCCCAGCGCCCCUGCCGCUGCCGGUGGAGGGGCGGGAGGGAGAGGGCUGUGAGCUGGCCCCGGAGAGGGAGGGCCCUCCUUGCAGAACACAGGGCCCCGGCCUCCAGCUGGUGUUUGCUAAGGGUCCCUCCUGACCAUCCUGUGCCCUGGAAAAGUAGCAAUAGCAGCUCCACCUGUUCUUAGAGCCCCCCCCUCCAGCUGGAGAAGGCCCCAGGGGACAGGAAGACCCUUCUCUGGUGUUAACGCCUUAAUGUCCUUGUCUUUUAUUAUGAGUUCCUUCAGCUAAUUUUUUGGAAGUAGGUGUGGUACAGUCAUUAGUAAACGAGGGCUUGGGAGGAAAAGUGGACCAGCUGGGUGCCUUUGGGAGAACCUGCUGGCCUUGUUAGGCAGCGCUUGGGUCUUUUCCAGCACCAGGAGGCAAAGCAGAGCUGAGCUGCUCUAACCUGUCCCACUCCGUCCCUUUGCUUCCUGCUGCCCCUGCACAGGCACCCAGAUUUGGAGAGAUCUGUCUGCUAUUAGUGCUCGGCUUGUCCCCUUCCUCCCUGAGAUCAACUCUCCAGGGCAUUUCCCCUUUGGUCUACUUGCUUUAUCCACCAGCACUUAGAGCAUCCCCUGCCUAUCAGCGGCGCUUGUCCAGGCUUUUUUCUGAACCCCCAACCCACCUCCUCCACUCCUUCAAGAAGUCAACGUGUGGAAAGGACUGCCCCAUUGAUAAUGGGUGACAGAUGAUAGGGGUGAGUUCCCUUUUCAAUAUUUCUAGCAUAUGGAUGCCCAGCCUCUGCUUGAACACUUAGGUGACAGGGAGUCCCCACCUUCUGAGGGUCUAGUUCUAUUAUAAGACAAUUCUAAUUGUUAGAAAUUCUUCCUUAUAAUGAAUGAAAUCUGCUUUCCUGUAAUUUCUACCUGUAGGGCCUUGUUCUGUUCUCUAACUAAAUGGAACAACUUAUCCUCCAUUUCAAGCUAGAGAAUAAAGAAUUGGUUUUAGAGUCA